UAGAUUCAUAACACUGCAUUUUGUAUACAAAACACACUUUUCACAAUCAAUUUGGUGGACCGUGAUUGAAUAGCAUUUCUGAACAAUUUUAGGAUCUUAUCACAGCGAACAUGGAAGCUUCAUCGUCAAUGUUACCAUCCAUGGAGGAUGACUCCGAUUGCGAACGAGUCGACACCACCACCAAAGAGUCGGACGACGGCAAGAAAAGUUCCAUCCCUUCGAACAAUCGCACCUUCCGCCGGCAUCUGGAUGCCGCCUUUCAGAAGCAUGGCUCACAGCUUCCGGAUCAGAUCACACAGUCUCAUUAUAUUAACAAGUGCAAGCGGUCCGAGGUGGAAAGCUACGUGAACGACUUCGCCACUAGGUCGGAGGAAAGUGUUUACCAAACGAUGCAGGACAGCGCGGAGUUUGUACGAGUGACCAACUGGUGCGAGAUGUUGCAUUCGGCUGGCAUGCGGAUCACGAGCAACAGGGAGCUUCCAUUGGCGCUGAAAACUAUUGCCGCGACCGAACAAUUCCCGGAGCCGAGCAGGGCCGGAGGAGUUGAUUUCCGGCUGUUGUAUUCGAACCUUUCAAACAUGAUGCUCGGGCAUCCGGUACAGGAGAUGAACACGGCGACGGCGAAAGUACUGAAGGAUGUGUAUGAGGAAACACUGGCCGACCUCAAACGAACCGACAACAGCGACAAAGUGGCCCUGCUUCGUCCACCUACCUUCCUGGGGCCGAGACCAUCCACUACCGAGAGCCUCAGCCACGACGGCCCUGGCGCCUUCUUUACCGAUCGCAACUUGAAUCCGCUGCAAAUCCCGUUCGACAAACUUUUCCAGACUCAGCACACCGAUAUGAAGUAGAUUUAGGGGGAAGGGUGAUGAUUUCUUUCAUUGUUACCGAACAAAAAAGACUGACUUGAAUAAAUGAACCACUGAAUUCUCAUUUA